CAUAUUGGAUUUCCCCCACCCAACUUGAACUACCUUGUUGUGGCAGUACCUCUAUACGUUUCCAUAGAAACGAAAACAAAAGAAGAAACGUUUGUGACUUUGUGUCAUAUUCUCUAGUUUCUUCUGUUUCUUAAAUGGAUUCACAUAUCGAGAGAUAAAAAGUGAUAAAAAGAAAAUACGGAAAAUACAUAUAAUGUCGGAAAUAGCCGAUUAUUUUAAAAAGAAUAUAAUAGGAUAUUCUUCUGACGAAAUGAUAAAAGCAGUUUGCAUCGGAGAAUUAACAGUGGAAUUAAUUGCAUAUGUAGAAUCAGUAAUACCUCCUCAACGAGUAGGGAAACAAAUGGUACAAAAAUGCAUUUUAAACAAUGCCAGUGGAUCAAGAAUUUUGGUCAAAAUUUGGAACGAACAAAUCGAUCGUGUGAAAGCAUGUAUUCAACCAAAUUUUAUUCUUCAUGUGGACUCAGCUUCGGCGAGACAUCUCACGAAUUUCAGUAAAGAAUUAGUAGGUAAUGUCAAUUUUGAAUUGUAUAUUCAAUCACAUACAAGAAUAAAUGUUUUGGGCGUUCGCGAGGUGAAUACUGAUUGCGAAAAAAUUGAGGCUGGAAUUUAGAGUUUUGGAGAUCCAGUCUACCUGUCAAUUGAAUCGUUCAAAAAAAAGAACCAAAAAAAAAAUAAAAUUGAGUAAUUAUCUAAUUAAUAUUAAAUAUAUAUUAUGUUAACUU